UAUUUCCUCAAAUGAUGCAGUUGGCUUUAGUGAUGGGGAGGUGAUGGUGCUGCACGCGAUUCGGUUUUUAUAGUCAUUACAGAGCAAUACUGAUUCCUGUUAGUGACAAUCAUAAUGUUGCGGGUUGUGGUAGAAUCUGCGAAAGGUCUGCCUAAAAGUAAACUUGGAAGUACUCCGGAUCCUAUAGCAAAUAUUAUUUUUAAAGAUGAAAAGAAGAAAACCAAAACAAUUGACAGUGAAGUCAACCCAGUUUGGAAUGAAGUCCUUGAGUUUGAUUUGAAGGGUUCUGUGCUUGAUUCCUCCUCUUACAUUGAUGUGAUUGUGAAAGACUACGAAACUAUUGGAAAAGAUAAGUUUCUCGGCUCUGCAAAAAUCUCACUGAAAGACCUUGCAACUGGUCAAGUCAAAUCAUUUCCAUGUAAAGAUCUGGCUCUUGUCAAUGAAAAGGGACAGGCUACUGGGGCCACGGUGAGCCUUGUUAUUCAUUAUGAUCCUCCAGCCAAUGCCACUCCAAAUCCAAAUGACCCACAGGCAGGAGAUGCUGCAGGGGAUUCUGGUAGAGGUGAAGAGGGGGAUGAGGACAUCGCUGAUGCAGGACAGAGUCCCUCUGCCCCUGGUCAGCCUGGGAACCCUAACCAAAGACCGGUCAAGAAAAACAGGAAAUUGAACCGUCCCCUGGCCAAUAAACCUCAGGACUUUCAGAUCCGGGUCAGGAUAUUAGAGGGACGACAGCUCCCUGGGAAUAACAUCAAACCUGUUGUGAAGGUGAAUGUUUGUGGACAGACUCACAGAACAAGGAUCAAGCGGGGAAACAAUCCCUUCUUUGAUGAGAUGUUCUUUUACAACGUCAACAUGUUACCAUCGGAACUAUUUGAUCAAUAUGUCAGCAUUCGGGUGUACGACUCCUUCUCUCUGAGAGCUGACAGUCUCAUGGGGGAGUUCAAGGUUGAUGUUGGCUUCAUCUAUGAUGAACCAGCUCACUCUGUAAUGAGGAAGUGGCUCCUCCUGAAUGACCCUGAUGAAUCCAGUUCGGGCGCCAGAGGAUACCUUAAAGUCAGCAUGUUCAUCGUUGGGGCGGGAGACGAAUCACUGGUAGAGAAGAGGGACAUUAAUGAUGACCAGGAUGACAUAGAGAGUAACCUGCUGCUGCCAGCAGGGGUUACACUGCGAUGGGUCACCCUGUCUCUCAAAGUGUUCCGGGCCGAGGACAUUCCCCAGAUGGAUGAUGCCUUUGUCCAGUCAUUGAAGGGGAUGUUUGGAGUGGAUGGGGACAAGAAGAAUCUAGUGGAUCCUUUUGUCGAGGCUCACUUCGCUGGCAAAAGGCUGUGCACCCAAGUCAUUGAGAAGAAUGCCAACCCAGAAUGGAACCAAAUGCUGAAUCUUCAGGUCAAGUUCCCCUCCAUGUGUGAACGAAUCAAACUGACCGUCUUUGAUUGGGAUCGCCUGACGAGGAAUGACUCGAUUGGCACCAUAUACUUGAAUCUGGCCAAAAUAGCAUCCUCUGGUGGCGAAGUUCAAGACAUACAUGCGGGAUAUGGGUUCUCGCCAUCACUUGAAGGGAAGACUGGGGAGUCUGAGGUGGGUUUCCUGCCAGCCUUUGGGCCUUGCUAUAUCAACCUGUAUGGGAGUCCCAGAGAGUUCACUGGGCUUCCUGACCCCUACGAAGAGCUCAACUAUGGCAAAGGUGAAGGGGUGGCCUAUCGAGGAAGAAUCCUGGUUGAGCUGUCAACUAAACUGGAAGGCAAGGCUGACAAGACUGUAGAAGAGAUCCCUAGUGAUGACAUCUUGGUGGCCCAGAAAUACCAGCGCAGGAGGAAGUACUGUUUGUGUGUAGUGUUCCAUAGUGCCAGCAUGCUUCAGGAACCUGGCGAACCAAUCCAGUUUGAGGUCAGCAUUGGCAACUAUGGCAACAAGCUGGACACUACCUGUAAACCACUGGCCUCCACUACCCAGUACAGCUGUGCUGUGUUUGAUGGUAACCACUACUAUUACCUGCCCUGGGCUAAUGCCAAACCAGUGGUUGUCAUUACAUCAUUCUGGGAGGACAUCAGUCACCGUUUGGAUGCAGUCAACAUCAUUCUGUACAUAGCUGAACGUCUGCAAUCUAACAUCACUGCGAUGAAGUUGGCCAUCUUGGCUAAAGUCCCCGAAAACCGUCUGGCUGAGAUCUGGCUGAGGCUGGUAAAUCAGGUGAUCGAGGACCUCAGCAGUUUGAAAGUGCCAGAGCUGGAGGGCCACUCAAACCUGACCUCCCUGGACAUCCAGAUGAAGAAGCUACGUGACAGCACCCUGCAGACCAUCAUGGAGGGGGCCAAGAGCAUGAGAGAGGAGGCGACUGAGAUCAAGGAUACCCUGGGGGACAUUGAGGGCUGGCUGGACAAACUGAAGCAGCUCGCUGAGGAGCCCCAGAACAGCAUGCCUGACGUGAUCAUCUGGAUGCUGAGGGGGGAGAAGAGAGUGGCGUACAGCCGCAUCCCAGCCUACCAGCUGCUCUACUCCACCUACAGCGAACAGGCUUGUGGACAGUUCUGUGGCAGGACCAGGAAUGUCUUCAUGCAGUACCCUAUGGAUAAAAACAAGGGUCUGAAGGUUCCAGUCCAGAUCAGAGUCAACAUGUGGCUGGGCCUGUCUGCAGACGAGAAAAAGUUCAACAAUUUCUCAGAAGGGACGUUCAGUGUGUUUGCUGAAUUGUAUGAGAAUCAGGCCUACAUGCUGGGGAAGUGGGGAACUACCGGUCUGGGUUUACGCUACAAAUGCUCUGAUGUGACAGGCAAGCUGAAGCUGAAACAAGAGAACUUCAUUCCCCCGCGAGGCUGGGAGUGGGAGGGAGACUGGUUCAUAGACCCAGAGAAGGGUCUGUUGACAGAGGCAGAUGCGGGACACACUGAGUUCAUGGAUGAAGUCUUCCAGAAUGAGACUCGCUUCCCCGGGGGAGAGUGGAAGCCUGCUACUGAGCCCUACACUGAUGUGAAUGGGGAGAAGACCCACACACCAGAGGAAAUCGAGUGUCCUGCAGGCUGGAGCUGGGGGGAUGAGUGGACCGUAGAUGAAAACAGGGCUGUGGACGAGAAAGGCUGGGAGUAUGGAAUCACCAUCCCUCCAGAUGACAAACCCAAGUCUUGGGUGCCAGCAGAGAAGAUGUACCACGUCCACCGACGGAGGAGAGUGAUCAGGCCCAGGAAGAGAACAUCAGCUGCUGGUACAACCACUGAGAAGCGAGACCAAGGAGACCCAGAAGGCUGGGAGUUCUCCUCUCUGAUUGGCUGGAAGUUCCACAGGCAGGAGCGUUCCGCCGACACGAUCCGACGCAGACGUUGGAGGAGGAAAAUGGCCCCUGCUGGCCGCCUGGGGGCAUCCGCCAUAUUCAAACUGGAGGGGGCGCUGGGGGUUGAUGUAGAUGAGAAAAAAAAAGAUGAGGUUGAUGCCUCCAAGCUCUUUGGUGCCAAUACUCCUACUGUGUCCUGUUCGUUUGACAGCUCACACCUCUACCACCUCCGCGUCUACGUUUACCAGGCCAGGAACCUUAUUGCCAUGGACAAAGACAGCUUCUCGGAUCCAUAUGCCCAUGUAUCCUUCCUGCACAUGAGUAAAACCACAGAGACCAUAAAAGCUACCCUGAACCCCACGUGGGACCAGACCCUGAUCUUCCAGGAUGUGGAGAUCUACGGGGACCCGCAGAACAUCGCCCAGUAUCCCCCUGACGUGGUGCUGGAGUUCUAUGACAAGGACCAGGUGGGGAAAGAUGAGCUAUUGGGCCGGAGCGUGUGUGUCCCCCUGGUGAAACUGAACCCCGGCAUGGACCAGACCCCCAAACUGCUGUGGUCUCCCAUCAUACAGAAGGACCAGCGGGCUGGAGAGGUGCUGGUGGCUGCUGAGCUCAUCCUGAAGGAUAAGGGUAACGAGACGGACCUCCCUCUGGUCCCUCCCAAGAGGGCGGAGAAUCUGUACAUGGUGCCUCAGGGGAUACGGCCUGUGGUGCAGCUCAUGGCUAUUGAGAUUCUGGCCUGGGGGUUGCGCAACAUGAAGCCCUACCAGUUGGCCACUGUGGCCUCCCCUAGCCUUGUGGUAGAGUGUGGAGGGGAGAUGGUCCAGUCUGCUGUCAUCAAGAACAUGAAGAAGUGCCCCAACUUUCCUGGAUCUGUCCUCUUCCUUAAAGUGCUUCUUCCCAAAGAGGAGAUGUACACCCCUCCCAUCGUGCUGAAGGUGAUCGACCACAGGCCAUUUGGCAGGAAGCCAGUGGUUGGACAGUGUACCAUAGACACUCUGGAGGAGUUUCGCUGUGACCCCUACGUCAUCCAGAAGUCAUCCAUGUCAUCCAAAAUGGCUUUGAUGGCUGCUUUUCCUCACGACACCAGAAUUGACAUGGAAGACAGGAGGCCUCUGCUUGAAGCUCAGUUUGUGUACAGCAUGUCAGCAGCAGUCAACAAAAUGGCCACCACUACUUCUCGUCUUCAUGCAGAGAAGGAGAAGGAGACAGUUGAUUGGUGGAGUAAAUUCUACGCUUCCAUUGGAGAUCAUGAGAAGUGCCGUCCUUACCUUCAGAAAGGAUAUGACACUUUGAAGGUGUAUGAUAAGGAACUGGAGAAUGUUCCUGAGUUCAAACAACUCACCGAUUUCUGCAACACCUUCAAACUGCAGAGAGGCAAGAAUGAAGAUGAGGAGGAUGAUCCAUCCGUCGUUGGAGAAUUCAAGGGCUCUUUUAAGGUGUACCCUCUAUCAGACGACCCGGGUGUGGCUCCUCCUCCUCGCCAGUUCCGUGAGCUGCCUGAAAGCGUGCCUCAGGAGUGCCUGGUCAGGAUCUAUGUGGUCAGAGGCAUCGACCUGCAGCCCAAGGACAACAACGGUCAGUGUGAUCCCUAUAUAAAGAUUUCCCUGGGAAAGAAGUCAAUUGAGGACCGAGAUAACUACUUACCAAAUACCACCAACCCUGUUUUUGGAAGAAUGUUUGAGAUGUCAUGUUUUCUGCCUCAAGACAAAGACCUGAAGAUCUCAGUGUAUGACUAUGAUCUGCUGACCCGCGAUGAGAAAGUGGGAGAGACAGUGAUUGACCUGGAGAACCGCUUCCUGUCACGUUUUGGCUCCUACUGUGGCCUGCCUCAGACAUACUGCAUCUCUGGAAUCAACCAAUGGCGUGACCAUCUGAAGCCCUCUCAGAUCCUUCAGAACCUGGCCCGCCUCAAAGGCGUCCCUCCACCCAGGUUAGAAGAUGAUGGCAAAGCACUGUCAUUCAAUGGGACUCAGUACACCCUGGCUGAAUUUGAGGCCAACAAAGAGAUCCACCAGCACUUGGGUCCUGCCGACGAACGGAUCUCUCUGCACGUGCUCAGAACACAUGGACUGGUGCCUGAGCACGUGGAGACAAGGACACUGUUCAGCAGCUUCCAGCCCCAACUUUCUCAGGGAUGCCUUCAAAUGUGGGUGGAUGUUUUCCCCAAAAACAUGGGCCUUCCCGGACCUCCCUUCGACAUUGUGCCACGCAAGGCCAAGAAGUAUUUCCUGCGAGCUGUUGUUUGGAACACCUCUGAUGUCAUUCUGGACGAAACUAGUAUUACUGGGGAGCGCAUGAGUGAUAUCUACGUCAAAGGCUGGAUGCCAGGUAUGGAGGAGGACAAGCAGAAGACCGACGUCCACUACAGGUCUCUGGACGGGGACGGCAACUUCAACUGGAGGUUCGUCUUUGGCUUUGAAUACCUGCCCGCUGAACAGCUGUGUCUGGUCUCCAAGAAGGAGCACUUCUGGAGUCUAGACAAAACAGAGUUCAGGAUACCCCCCAAGUUGAUUGUUCAAAUUUGGGAUAAUGACAAGUUCUCAUUGGAUGAUUACCUGGGCACGGUAGAGCUGGAUCUCCGUAAACUUACCCCUCCGGCCAAGGUUUCAAAGACGUGCAAUCUGAGUAUGAUGGAGGAGGUGAUGGAUGCACGACCACAUAAAUCCGACCUGGCCAAUUCGCUGUUCGCUCAGAAGUCUGUCAGAGGCUGGUGGCCAUGUGUCACUGAACAGGAUGGGAAGAAAGUCCUUGGUGGGAAGGUUGAGAUGACUCUGGAAAUCGUGUCUGAGAAGGAAGUGGACGAAAAGCCUGCUGGGAAGGGCAGGGAUGAACCCAACAUGAACCCAAAGCUUGACUUCCCUAAGCGUCCGGACACGUCCUUCUUCUGGUUCACGAACCCCUGUAAGACCAUGAAGUUCAUUGUGUGGCGCAGAUUCAAGUGGCUUUUCAUUGGACUGAUCCUACUGAUUCUAGUGCUGCUCUUCGUCGGAAUCCUGUUGUACUCUUUACCGAACUACAUUUCAAUGAAAAUUGUGAAGCCAUUCAAAUGAAAACGCCAUAUUUUGCUCUUAUGUCAAGAAAAACAGAGACCAAAGUCUUCCAAUGUAUUUUCAACCAAAAAUAUCAUGACUAUUUUUAUGUAUUCUAAACUGUAUUUGUGUUAUAUUUCAAAAUAAUUAAAAAAAACCUAUUUUCCCACAGAAUGCAUCAUUAGUAUAUUGUUCAAAGCAACCUCUGACAUAAUUAUAUUAUCUUUGCACAAGUUAAUCAGAAUUCCUUGAACCUUAUGCACUUCAAAUAUUUUUAAUGGAUGCUCUGUGCUUUGUAAUGAACAUUUAUGUGGUCAUAUACACACUGAUUCUUUAAAUAAAUGAUUGUUUUAAGGCCCUAAUAAAUGAUGAUCAGUAGACCAACUGCAUUGGGGGUCUUUGUGGUUAUACAGUAUAUACUGAACAAAAAUAUAAAUGCAACAUGUAAUGUGUUGGUUUCAUGAGCUGAAAUAAAAUAUCCCAGAAUUUUUCCAUACGCA